GCUUUUUCAUUUUUCUUUCUUUUCCUACCUCAGUGGAUGCAUUUAUGGUUUACCAUGUACUACCCUAUAAGACCAAAAGAGAAAAGUUCUUAAUCAAGAAUAAUUUUUCUCUGGUUUUCUUUUACAAAAAGAAUCAAAUUCUUUCGGUCUAGGAAGCUUCCUUGGUAUGAGAAAACUCGUAUCAUUAUAAAAGCUUACAUGAUUAUAUGUAUAUAAAGAUUUUGUUGCAAGUUGCAGUAAGAUCGAUAACAAAUUACAAUACCAAGAAGAAAAAAAUGCAGCAUGUCUCUUUCUCAUCAUUCUGCUGCUUCUUCUUGGUUUUCAUCUUCUUUCUGUUCACUCCUAAAGAUGAAAUCUCUGCAACAACCAUGUUGUCUGUUGAUGUUAUCAACAAAACCUGUCAAACAUGCUCGGACAAGUCCAGUGUCUUUAACUACAGCUUCUGCUUGGCAUCUCUCCAGGAAAUUCCUGUCAGCCGCACGACAAACCUUCAAGGUCUAGCAAUUGUUGCAAUGGAGCUAGCUUUACAAAAUGCGACCAACACACUUUCAAUCAUAAAAGAGUUACUGAACAACGAAAGUUUGAUUCCUUCUUCGGCUUGCUUGCGGGAUUGCUCUCUGCUUUACUCUGAUGGAGUUGAAACACUGGUGGAUACCAUUGGAGCAUUUUUGACAGGGCAGUAUGGAAAUGCUGGUGCCUGGAUGAGUGUAGUGAUGGAAGGAACGACAACAUGUGAGGAAGGGUUUCAAGAUAUGGAAGAAGUGUCUCCAUUGACAAAACAGAAUUACAGUCUUUUCCAGUUAUGUGAUGCUGCUUUCUGCAUCAUGAACUUACUUGCUUCGGAUGUAUAUCUUCUUAAAUCUUAACUCUUUUCACUUAUUGUUUUGAUAGAAAAAUCUUAACUGCUAUGUCUUAUUGAACUCACAAUUCUAAUUUUCCUGUUUCUUGGCUGAUUUAUGUUGCUAAAUGCACAUGUUUUGGACUUUUGGCAAAUCUUUAUGCAUGCUUCUAUGCUGCCAUUAUUAUGAAGGUCAACAUGGGGCCAUAAUACAGAAAAAUUCACAAAAUUCAAUGCCAUGCAUACCAGCAGACAUAGCCGCAUACCAAUAAUUUUUCCAAUAAUUCUCCUUGUCCCAUGUCUUAUGAGAACCACCCUAAAGCCAAGUAUUUUCCCUCACUUCGAGAAAAUGGA